AUGGCAUCCAAGAUUCCAACCAUAGAUUUUUGCAAGACCGAGCUGAAACCAGGUUCUUUAGAAUGGGAACUAACAAAAGCUCAAGUCCUCCAAGCCUUAAAAGAGUAUGGUUGCUUUGAAGCAAUAUAUGAUAAGGUUCCAAAGGAAAUUGGAGAAACCAUGUUCGAUGCUUUAAAAGAAGCAUUUCCAUUGGAGUCCAAAGUGAGAGAGUAUAUAGACAAACCCUUUGAUCGGUACCAAGACCAAAUUCCACACACACCAUACAAUGAGAUUAGGUGCACCACUGAUUUGCUCCUCCCUGAAAGUAUUGAAACCUUCGUCAAUACCUUCUGGCCUGAUGGAAAUCUUCACUAUGGAUAUUAUGCUUAA